ACUUGCAAAUAACUUGGAUAUUAAUCGGAAUACCAUCUGAAGUUGGUGUCUAUAAUUCAGAUACACGAAAUAUUUCCAUUUUGCGUUUCAAAAGCUGCGAGUUCAAGUUUGAUCCGAAAAAUAAUUGCAAUGUUCGAUUAAAAGUUCCCAAAAAUCUGGAAUUAGAUUCGUUUCUUAUUACAUCAUUUGCGCAUCCUCGAUUAAAUUAUGAGCCGUGCUUUAUGGCUAAAAUUAAAAAUUAUUAUGAAGAUGAAAUCGAAACACUGAGUAAUGCAGAUGACGACAGCUCUAUCGAUGAAAUUUCUUCCGAAAAUUUUCAAUUAGAAUGGGGCAUUCUUUUAAAAAAUGAUAGGAAAGAAUGUGAUAAAAUUGGUUCUGAUUUAAUUAUGCCAAUAAAUCAUUUAGAGGCAGUUGGUCAAAGUGUUUACACGAAAGAUUUAAAUGCAAUUUUCGAAAAUAAUACUCUAACUGAAUUAGAUUUAAGCUACAAUAGACUUGAUUCUGAAGUGGGAAAAGCUUUAGCAAAUGCUUUAAAAACAAACAAAGUUACGGUCAGUCUGGACUUAAGUUAUAAUGAUAUUGAUUUUGAAAUGGGAAAGGCACUUGUAGAUGCCUUCAUAACAAACCCUACGCUCACUCGUCUAAAUUUAAAAUCAACUAGAAUGAAGCCUGAAAUGUUAAUAGAACUGGCAAAUGCCUUAAACAAUGACAAACAUCUUAUUGACCUUGAUUUAAGUUAUAAUAAGUUUACUGAGGAAGCGGGAGAUGAACUAGCAAAAGCUUUAGGAAAUAAUAACACACUCAAAAACCUAAAUUUAUGCAACAAUGACAUUGAUUCACGUAUAGGAAAAACUUUGAUAAAUGCUUUAAUAAAGAAUAAAGCACUUGUUAAUUUGGAUUUAAGCCAUAAUAAUUUUGAUAUUGAUGCUAUUAAGAUCUUGGCGGAAGUUUUAGGAUCAAAUAAUAACAAACUUAAAAACUUGAAUUUAAGUUUUAUUAAUCUUGAAUUUCGAGCAGGGAUGGUUUUAAUAGAAGCAUUAGAAAAAAAUCAAACCCUUGAAGAUUUGAACUUGAGUUCAACCAAAAUUGGAUCUAUUUCAGUAAGUUUAAUAGACCAUUUAAAUUCGCAAAGAACUUUUAGUGGCUUCAAUACUAAGGACGAUAUCAUUAAUUGUGUAAUGGCAAAGCAUUUGGAAACAGCUUUAAAAAAGAACGCAACCCUUACUAAUCUAAAUGUAAGUUCUAACAAUAUUAGUUCGGAAACAGGGAAAACGUUGGUAGACGCAUUAAGACGAAACCAUACUCUUAGGAAUUUGAAUUUAAGCAAAAAUAAUAUUGGACCUGAAGCAGGAGAGAUCUUAGUAGAAAUUUUAAAAACAAAUCAUACUCUUACUAGUAUAAAUUUAGAAUCAACUAGAAUCGAGUCUAAUAUAAUAAAAGCUCUGGCGCGAGAAUUAAAAGAUGAUAAUAUUCGUCUUAUUGAUUUAAACUUGAGUUAUAACGAUAUCAACUUCGAAGUAAUUAAAGUUUUAGUUGAGGCUUUAGAAGAAAAUACGACUCUCAAAAGCUUGGAUUUGAGUCAUAACUGUAUUAAUUUAGAAAUUGGAAAAGAGUUAGCAAAAUCUUUAAAGAAGAAUAAAACUCUUGACAGUUUACUAUUAAUUCAUUGUAAUAUUAGUUAUGAAGUAAUCAAGGCAUUAAAAACGGCUUUAAUGCAUAAUAAAUCUCUUACCCACUUAGAUCUAAGUAACAAUAAUAUCAGUUUUGGUGCAGGUCUAAUUUUGGCAGAAAUUUUAAAAACUAAUACUGCGCUUAAAAACUUAAAUCUAAGCUAUAAUGUAUUUAAUUUGGAAUCAGAAGAGGCACUAGCACAAGCUUUAAUAAUAAAUAAUACUCUUAUUGCACUAAGCCUAAAAUCAACUAUAAUUGAAUCUGGAACUGGAAUGGCUUUAGCAAAAGCUUUAGAAAUAAAUAAAACGCUUAUCGAAUUAGAUCUAAGCUACAAUAAUAUUAGUUCUGAAGUAGGAAUGGCUUUAGCUAAAUCUCUGAGCGUUAAUAGUUUUCUUAAAAAG